GGGCAUCGAGGCUGGCACACGGCGGGGCACAGAGAGCGCUGCCCGGUCUGACUGCCUUCUUUGCUGUCCCGCUGCUGACGGGCUCUUUCUAUUUGUCGGCGUCUUCCGGCGAGACAUCGGCUCUGCUAGACUUCCAUACCCUGUGGUGCUGACCAGAGCGUUAUGGCUCAGACGCUGCAGAUGGCGAUCCCUAACUUUGGCAACAACAUCCUGGAGUGUCUUAACGAGCAGCGGCUGCAGGGCCUCUACUGUGAUGUCUCCGUCGUGGUCAAGGGACAUGCCUUCAAGGCCCACCGUGCCGUGCUGGCAGCCAGCAGCUCCUACUUCCGUGAUCUUUUCAACGCUGGGGGGAAGAGCUCGGUGGUGGAGCUGCCCCCGGCCGUGCAGCCGCAGAGCUUCCAGCAGAUCCUUGCCUUCUGCUACACGGGACGCCUCAGCAUGAACGUGGGAGACCAGUUCCUGCUCAUGUACACUGCCGGCUUCCUCCAGAUCCAACAGAUAAUGGAGAAAGGCACAGAGUUUUUCCUCAAGGUCUCAUCACCAAGCUGUGACUCCCAGGGUCUCCACGUCGAGGAGACCCCAACCUCCGAGCCUCAGAGCCCUGUCACCCAAACAGUGGGAGGGGGCGGAGUCGGUGUUGUCGCCACAGCUUCCGGACGCCCCUCCUCCUCUCUGACGCCCCUCCCCCUGGUGUCCAAGGUGAAGACAGAACAGACAGUCUCCACUCAUCAGCCCACGCCUCAGCAGCAGCAGCAGCAGGAGGGCUCUCCAUACUCGGUGGUCUGCACCCCUGUGGCCAAGCGGCUGUGGGAGGGGUCCAACCGUGACGGGGGCGGGGGGUCUGGAGGGGGUGGCGGAGGCGGGAUGAGGAAGAAUGCACGCUACUCUUCCUCUUCUUCUUGUUCCUCUUCCAUCAACACUACCCAGGAUACCACUGGGCGCGGACAAGCAGCCAAUGCUGCCAUGAUGGGCGUAGCCGGAAUGGUCGGCACCAAUUCAGCAGGAGGAGCCGUAAUCAACAGUAACCAUAACAACAAUAACAACAACAACGGCGGGACUCCUGAAGGCACCAGCCCGGGCACACUGAGCAUGUACACCAGCGACUCGCCAAUAAGCUACCAUGAAGACGAGGAAGAGGACGACAUAGCAGAAGACAGCGCAGAGGAACAGUACAGACAGAUCUGCAACAUGUACACCAUGUACAGCAUGCUGAACGCUGGAGCAGCAGUGGUCGGGGAGCGGGUUGAGGCUCUUCCAGACUUGGCCCCAGACUCAGGCGGCGGUCGGGGGAGCAGAGGUAGUCGGUCCCGGCAGGACCUGGCAUCGCUGCCAGCUGAGCUCAUCAGCCAGAUAGGCAACCGCUGCCACCCGAAGCUGUACGAGGAGGGCGACCCUGCAGAGAAGCUGGAGCUGGUGAGCGGCACCUCUGUGUUCAUCUCCCGCGCCCAGCUCAUGAACUGCCACGUCAGCGCCGGCACCCGCCACAAAGUGCUGCUCCGACGCCUUCUAGCCGCUUUUUUUGACAGGAGCACUCUGGCUAACAGCUGUGGAACCGGUAUCCGCUCUUCAACCAAUGACCCCAGUCGCAAACCUCUGGACAAUAGAGUGCUGCAUGCUGUCAAAUUUUACUGCCAGAACUUUGCGCCUAGCUUCAAGGAGAGCGAGAUGAACGCCAUCGCGGCCGACAUGUGCACCAAUGCCCGCCGCGUCGUCCGCAAGAGCUGGAUCCCCAAGCUCAAACUGCUGAUGGCCGAUAGCGACGCUUACUCCGCCUUCCUAGCCGACAGCGUGAAGAUGGAGGCAGACGGGCUGGGGGCGGAGCAAGGCUUUGACCCUGCCUCCCUGGAGGCUGUGGCGGCAGCGGCAGCAGCAGCCGCCGCAAAUAAUAAUGAAGCAGGAGGCGGAGCUUCGCAGGCAGACGCUCUCCAGGCGGCAGGAGGAGACGGCAGCACUUUGUUUUGAGUGAGUGAACGGACAGAUAGAUGAAUGGACAGACGGACAGAUUGAUGGAGGGAGGGGUGGUAUUUCCCUUGAGGUGAUGAGUAGCGAACGGUAGAAGCGAUGACACACGUCGCUCGUCCCCUUAGACGCCACGAUGUGUUUGGGGAUCUGUUUCUUCUUCUACACCUCAUUUUGUUUUUCUGUUCUGCUUUCCUUUCUACAUUUCUGUCUCUCUCUGCAGCCCAGAAUGCUUCACUUCUGGUCUUCCUCCUUUCUUUCCAGGCGGAGAGAGAUAGAAAGACAAAGUGAAAGGUAGCAGAGGAAGGAGGAAGGAGGUUGACCCCCCCCCCCCCCCGAUCUCUUCAUUCCUCUGCAACCUUUUAAAACCUGAUUGUUCAGCCUUUAUUUGUUAUGUUUUUUUAAGAGUGUGUACUAUCACUAAGGCCCUUUUUCUUACUAUAAUCAAUCACAGAUAUUCCCUGGGGAGGGGUGGGGGGUGAAUCUGUUUGGAGAAAGUGAUAUUUCCUUCCUCAAACUCCGAUAACACUGUUGUUUUUUAUAUUGAAUGUAUGCGUGGUGAAGCAUCUGGACCGCAGCGUCCGCGAGCGAGCUUGUACAGAAGCCCCUUUUUAUUUGUUAGUUCACUGUAUUUCAUCUUGGAGAGCGUGGGGUUGAAGAGGUGAGGGGUUGAAAUUAAUAUAAAUAUGUAUAUUGGCAUGGUUGACGAUCUCCCCAACCUCCGCUCUUUGACCCAGUGCCGGGCAUGCUGGGACAUGGACCUAACAGCCCUUUAAGAAUCGUUUGUGAGUCUUUGACUGACAGUAUAUUGACCGAUGGGAAAAACUAAGAUUUGUUGCUGGACUAAAAACUUUCCCUCCCACUUUUUUUAAUCCUAAAAAGAACAUUUUUGUUGUACUAGUUGUGUUAAGAUUCUUACUUUUUUCGUGUGUGAUUUUUGCAAAGGCCAACGUGUUACUGAUGAUUGUCAAAGAGUUUGCGCGUAAUGCACUGUUACUUCCUGCGGUAUGAGUACAAUCGAACUACGUUUUUAUCAGAAAGAGAAGAGAGGGUUUUUUAUUUAAAGAAAAAAUGCACAAAAAGAGACAAAAUAGAAGCUAAAAUCAAAUUUAUAUCCAAGUUUAUCUCCCGUUUUUUUUUUAUUAUUUUUUUUUUUUUAUAAAUCUGAAGAAAUGUAUGAAUAAUCCAAAAGUGAGAAACUAGUUGUGUGUGUUUGUUCGUGUGUGAAGUCGGGCGGUCGUGUUCAUUUGUUUUUCGGCUCAUGUUUGAAAUGUUUCCCCUAAGAAUACUAGCAGCAACGCCAGUUAGUGGCACAAGUUUCCUCAGGCUCUGCCGCUUGGCUGCAUGCUCGCCUGGCAUGGACAAAGGUGCUAAUUCAGGCAUUGCUACAUUGCAAAAGGAGCACAGCACUGUGUGUAUAUGUGUAGGUGUGGUGUGUGUUUGAAUGGUGUGCCGCAGCAGAGAGAGAGGGAGAGAUAGAGAGAGGGGGAGAGUGGGGAGGCCAGACUGUGUUCUUUUUUUUUCACAUGCUCAGUGGAUUCAUUCACCCAUCACUGCGGUGAGCACACAUACACGCUAAUAUGCAUUUGGGCGCUGUCAGACGCAUCAGCUACAGUACGCUAAAGCGAUGUGGGACUUAAAGGGGAAUCACACCAAAGCAGAGCAGAGAGGCUGCUGCUCACACGUGAACACUCACCUUAUGGCAGUUUGUGUUUUCUGAGGCUAAAGUAGAUGAAUUACAAAAAUAAAAGUUUCCAAUCCAUCUACUGCACUGGAUGAAAAUUGUCUUUGCUGUUCUGACAGUGAAGUUCUUUGCUUUAUGUGAGGCAAUUAAAAAAAAAAGAAAGCUGCUAAAUAAUGGAAACCGCAGAAGAAUGUUGGCAUAGAAACAACCCUGAAUGUCAGAUUGCAGUCAUAUUCCCCUCUCAUACUUUACUUGUGUGGCUGAAAAUUAGCUGGAGUGCAGAACCUGCUUCCUCUAGAAAAUGUGACCUCCAGAAUUCACAAUACAUCUGAACACGAUGAUCACUUAAACCCGUGAGAGGGCGACUUUCUUUUGUUCGGUGUGAACUGCGGUAUUAGGGCUCCAGGCGAACUUUUUCAUCUAGUGACAGCGACUUUGUGAUAUUCAAUGGUUUUUUGCUACUUCUAAUGGAUUCUCCAAUCUUUUAUCAAAAUCUCUUUCUCUCUGUGGGUUUAAAACUAUUGAAUCAAUCCCAGGUAGACAAUAGAGUCAAUCUUUGUUCUGCCAUCAGAGUGAAAAGGCAAAGAGCAAUUUGCCAACCGCUAAUGUGUUUAAAAGGUUUUUAGCUCAAACUAAUAUGCUACCCAUCACUUUGUCUCAGAAUUGUAAAAAACGAUACAAUCCGACACAUGUUUAAAGACCAAGGCUGUAUUAGUUUUCUGAUGCCGUCAACACAAUAUACCAGUUAUAAGGAAGUUGACCAACUACUCACAGCUUUCUCUUGGUGGCGGUAGAUGAUCUGGUGAGUUUCACUCUGGAGCCCUACAUGUUGAGUUUCUCUGUGUGACAGCAAAAAAUGAUGAGAUUGGAAUCCGACGUUGUCCCUGUGAAAAUUUGGGAUUUAGAAAAAACACAGCAGACCCAUAUCCUGAGUAAGGAUGUAUUUCCACAGCCUUAAGGCUGACCUUGCAUUUGCCAGAACUUCUGCUCACUGGGGAUCAGAUUUGGUAUUUUUGGAAAGCAAUGCACCAGAAUCUGUAGAGGGCAGCAUUUUUGACUGAAGAGUCAAAGGUUUCACCUUCCUGAAGAGGGGAAUGUAUACGGUGUUUGAUUUGAAGAGAAUCCAGGAGUUAUGUUCUCAUCAACAAUAUACAACCCAGUUUUUAUGUGGAGUGCUACAUAUAUACCAUUUGAAAGAAAUUAUAGGCUGAUACUGGCUUACCGCUGAUAUAUGACUAUUGGUGUUUACGAUUUUUGUGCUUUCAUAUUAUGUGCUGAUAUGAAAUGUUUUAAUCAGAACAAAGAAUGCCGAAGACAAAGGUUGAGGUCACUCGGUAACGGUGUCACAUACUUUAUCCAUAACCUCACGUUCGGUGGAGCAUCACAGCUGAAACAUUUCAUUCACGUCAUCGUUAAUAUUUCACCCUCUAGUUCGUUAUGGUCUCAAAAAUCACAUAAGGUCAGGGCUCUGUUUUAGUGGUACCUGUCCUGUGUGUUGACUCUUCAUAGCUGUAAGGUCUUGUGAAAUUGGAAUUGGAUACAGUAUUCCCAGUAUGAGUGUUUUUUUUGUAAAUUAUGAUAAUCUGGAGGACCAACACUUGACAAAUUGACUUAAUGGUAGACUAAACGUUUUCCUGACACUGAUCGAUAUGUUCGUUUUGAGAAUAUUUGGCCUGUUUGGGUGUUUUUACUUUUAAAUGACAAGAACCUUGAAGCACCUUAUUGCCACUGUGGCAUCAGAACCUGGCAGAAGCUGCUGUAAUGAAGUGUGAAUCACUGUUUGUAAACUGUUGAUGUGUAGACACACACACACACACACACACACACACACACACACACACAGACUGUCAAGGUGAAGGGCCUGUUGUCAAACUGUCUCUUAAGCAAGAUAUAGAAUCGUCGCGGCACAAAAAUCGAAUCAUUGAAAUGAACCAGUAGAAAAACCAAAAGUUUAAGUGUUCAAGUUUUGUAAAACAGUGUUAUUAAAAUAAUGUCUGAUUUUUACAGCCUGGCUUUGAGGAAAGAUGUUUACGUUUUUUAUAUAUUUACAUGAUAUCUUAUAUCGUGUUUUUUUAUUCUUAGGCUAUGAGUCAAAGAAGCCCUGUUGGGGGGGGGGGUGUAAGAUGAUGUGGGGGUGUUUGUUUUAAAUGCCCUUUUUUUCCCCACCCUCUUUUCUGAAGCACAUGGUACGGUCUGCGGAGACUUAACUGAGUUCAAUAACUGCGGACAGAGACAAGAAGAAAGAGAGAUACAGAAAGAAAGACUUUUAAAAAUGAUCGUGGGGGGGGGGGAUUAGGGAGGAGGAGUGUUUAGACAGUUUGCACAUUUCUGUCUUUUUUUUACAAUCUUUUUUAUUCCAACUCUUUGUUUAAAAAAAAAAACGUCGCCUUAAAUGAGAUAUAAAAAAAAAAACGGGGAAAGAUAGAGGGAAGAAGAGGACAGUGUGAACCUCCCUAGAGAGGAGGGAUGAAUGAGUAGGGGAGGAGGGGGGGGGGGUGGCUGGGACGCUUGGAUGAUUUGGUGUGAAUGCAUGCGUGCAUACUGGUGUGUGUUUUGUGUGUGGCUUUUUUGUUGCAGAGUGGGUUAUUUGAGAGCUGUUUGUAGAGGCUUUGUGUGUGUGUGGGCGUACAUAAUACGUGGGUGUGUUUUUAAUGUCUGUGUGCUGCGUAUGUGCAUAUUAAUGUAUGUUUGCAGCCCCGUUUCCUUCCCUGCAUCUCCAUUUAUGGCAUGUUAAUGUCUGCCUCCUCGCUCCAAAGAGCUUCACACAGAGGCACAACUGUGUGUGUGUGUGUGUGUGUGUGUGUGUGUGUUUGUGUGUGUGUGUGUGUAAUGCGCAUGCCUAUGCCAGGCUGGGUCUGCUGCCGCUGCUGUUUCGUCUCGAUCUAUGUGCUGCAUACGUGUGUGUCUGGCUCCAUGCUGUGACUGCGCAUGUCUGUCACUGUGUGUGUGGGUGGUUUGGGUGCUCAGCUCUGCAAGGUCUGUGUGUGUGUGUGUGUGUCUGUGUGUCUGUGUGUCUGUGUGUGUGAGUGAGUGGGUGGUUUGUGCGCAGAGGUUGAGAUGAGUGGCUGUUUGUUUUUGUCUGCCUCCUCUGCCUUAUACACACACACACACACACAUCUGCAGAGCGACAUAUAUCCCCAGCACAGAGUCUAUACAUCUGUACUGUAUCAGAGCUGCAGACGUAUGUCGGCCAUGUUUCUUGUAAUGGCUCAGCUGUUUCCUGGAUGAGCAACUUACUUUUUUUUAAUCGUACAAAUCCAAAAUCAUGUCUUCUUUCCUUCUUUAUUUUUUUUACCUCCUCAAACAUCCCAUCUACGUAGUUUUACUCGGGACAGCUGCACAACUUAGACCAGGACACUGAAAUGUUCCCCCUCCACCUUUUCCCAAAUCUAAUUUUUCCUUCUCUGCCUUUCCUCUUUGUCUUUCUCUGUUUGUUAUUAUUUUGUUUACACCUCUCUGCCCCCUCGUCUCCUUUCUAUGUAUACAUUACUAUAUCUUCCCCUUGCUUCACCCCUGUCUCUCGCUCUCUUCUCUCUCUCUCUCUCUCUCUCUCUCUCUCUCUCAAUCGCACACAUACACAUAGGAAGGGGCUUAAUAGUGUCGGUCCCUCGUCACUUCAUUACGUAAACCAUCUUUUUCUUUUUUUCAUCCACCACUUCUUCGUUUGUGUCGACUCCAUUUUCUUCAUGGGAUGCAAAUCCCCGCCAAACUCUCAGCCGUAUAUCUGCAUCCCUCUGUGUGUGAGAGUCUCUGUGUGUGUGUGUGUGUGUGUGUGUGUGUGUGUGUGUGUCUGUGUGUGUGUGUGUCUGUGUGUGUGUGUGUCUGUGUGUGUUCAGUGUGUGCAACAACAGACGGAGCUUCCAAAUGUGUCGCUGCUGGUGUCUGUUUGUGUGCAUGUGAGAUAUUUGAAUGCAAAUAUGCAAAUAAGUGGGUGUAGGUACGUCUCUGUGUGUGUGUGUAUGUGUGUGUGUGUGUGUGUGUGUGUGUGUGCGUGCUGCCCAGCCCCCUCUCACGGGACAAAGUGUUGUGAUUUUUGUGUGUAAUGCACCUUUAAAUAAUCAUAAUAUCGGUAGAGAAAGGUCUAUCUGUCCCUAUAUUCCCCCAGACUGCUGCUGUCGACGAAUCAGAGCAUCCACACAUGCAGCCAAUCAUGACGUGAUAAAUGACCAGACUGUUUGAACCAAGGCUCCAAGCGGGGUUAAAAAAUAAUUACAAUCAUCCCAGACUUGAGCAGUGAGGAGAGAGAGGAAGAGGAGGGAGUAGGGGUGUCAUUCUUCCUAAGGAGGAGACGUUUGUUAAGAAUCUCCCAGGACAGAUGAGGCAUUGCGGCAGUCUGCCGUCACACGAGCGAAGCCACAAUCCAGACAAAGAGACAAGAGUGAGAGGAGAGAGGGGAGGAGGAGGAGGAGGAGGAGGAGGAGGUGAUGGACUCUCUCUGCCCCCGUGCCACCAGAAUAAAUACCUGGGUGCAUUUUCGCAGUGGGGUGGGGUUGUGGGCUGAAGUGAAUCCACUAUAGAUUUGUCUUAAAUUGACUCGAGCAAGACAAGUUCCAUUAAGAUUUGUCAAACAAUCAAGAAAAAGGAGCUAAUGUCCCUCUUUUGAGGGAGGAAAAUUUGCACUAAAUAUCUGUAAGAUAUAAAAAUUGUCUUAAGUGUAAAGUAACCCAUUUAGGCAGAAGAAUAUGAGGUCCCUACCAGCAGAAAUUAAAUUAAGAGGAAACAUUUUCUUUUGAGAUAUGUCAAGACAAAAGUCAAAAUGUUGAGAGUCAAUUAGGACUUCCAGAGUAAGUCAAGUUUAUUUUAUAUUCUUGAAAAUGUUUAAGAAGAUAUCCUCCUCUUCUGGCGUAGUUUGUCUUCACGUUGCUCUAAUGCUGAAUCAUUUGACUAAAAGUUUUUACUGCAUUGUUUGUCGCAAUAUAGAAUUUUUCCAACUUAUUUUGAAUUUUACUGUUGACAAUUGUUCGCUAAAUUAUUCUUAUUUCCAGCUUAAACAUCACAUAUCCACUCUUCUACUUUGAUGAGACACUGUGACUUUUUUAUCACUUUAAUUUUAUCCUCAACAUUUUGACUUUUUUCUUUCGACAUUCGUAGUUCGUAAUCAGAAUGCAAAACAAAAGAAAAACUCUCCACCAGUUUCUUCUUCUCAAGUCCUGGCCUGAUACUCUGACGCUCAUCUAGCUGGAUGUUUUAGCCCGUUGUCCUGUUUGAGCACUGCCAAUGCGAUAAUGUGAAGUUUUCUUCAAAUGUCGACGAGAAUUCUUUGGCCUCUUUUGUUAGUUUGUGUGAUAUUAAAUGCACACCUCCAUCUCACGUCAGCGGAUAGAAAGGUCAAGAAAUGAAGCAGAACAUGGAACAGGAAAUGGUCAUGAGACGUAGCGUGGAUAAACUGUUAGCAGUACGGUGGAUCCUUUCCUAACGUGCUCGAUACAAAAUCUGGACUAAAGGCGAUCCAUCACAAGCUACACGCUCCGUCACCGAGCGAGGCUUAAAGAGUUAAAUGACUGUUUAGUUCCCAGUCAACAAAAACACGUUCACGCUAUAGGAAUGUAGUUCAAGUAUGGUAAACAGUUUUGUAAUCAUAAAUCAGUAACUUUGAUCACUGUGGUGGACUUUAAAGGCAAAGAUUGUCAGCGCUGUGAUUAGAAAGGUUUGAGGAGGACUCGGCAAGCUCUGAAUCCACGUCUUCAGCUGGAUGUCGACGCGUGCCGUGUUCUCCCGGGGGCCUCGGCUUGUCGACUAGGUUGCACAGGCGUUUUUAAAUUGUUUUGUUUUUUAGAGAAAUGUGGCGUACUUUAAAGCACAGGAACGCUGAUAUUUAUCUUUAAUAUCGGCCUGUGCCUGUUUGUCGUCUUAUUUCCUCCUUGAUUUGGAGGAAGUGUUAGCAGUUAGGAGCCGAUGCUGCUGAGAGGAAAAGAGAAUGAAGAAGUUCUUGAACACUCCACUGCCCUGCAAAGAGCAAAAGAGAUGACAAAAAAGAGAGACAGAAUCUUCAUGUGACCUUUACCUUUGUAGGGCAGCUAUCGUCUGAGCACAGUUUGUUUUUUAAAUGUUGAGCGGGGCCAGAGCAGGUGUCUCUUUAAAAAAAAUAAAAAAUAAAGCGACGAGUUCGGCCGUGCUUUUAGAAGAGCUUUGUACACAUUUCACUUUCUUUUUUUCCGAUGUCCUUUUACAUUUAUUUUUCUGUUGCUGUUAUGUUUUUGUUUUCUACAUUUGAAGCUAGUGUACUGUAGCCCUUUGAGAGUUAUUUUUCAAGACAGAUGGUACUAACAAUUUGAACAUUAACACCCGUACGUAGAGUUUGCCAAGUUUGUUUAAAGAGAAAAAGACAAAAAGAGAAGGUGGAGACAUGUUUAGCUGUAAAAUAGUUUAGAGAAAGAGAACCACAUAUUUUUGCAUUAUUGUAUGACUGAGGUGCUGCGGGGAGGUGGGGGAGGGAGGAGGGGGUUUUUAAUGCUGGACCACAUGUUUGGUUAUUACUGUUGUCGAGGCGAGAUCUGCGGGAACUCGAUGGAUGGAUCGACUGAUGGAUGGACGGUUAAGACAAAAUUAAAACACUGUUGGGCUCACAUCAUUUUAAGACUACAAGUCUGAAUGUCUGCUCUGGUAAUAAUCUCUCCAUGGAAAAACGUGUUGUCUUGACGAUGCCAACACAUUUCUUCUCAAAGUUUGCAUGAACUUCCAUCAAAAAAAAAAAAAAAAUCGACCAAAAUUAACCUUACUUGACCUGGUACUCAUGCCAGCUUUUAUCAAAGAAUAAGCUACUGCUGCUUGAAUGUUUUCUUUUCUUUAAUGUCCUCCUGGUGGCCCAGUGGCUAAUGCAGCGUAGAGAGAGAGGGGGGGCUCAUCCACUGCAGUACCUACCAGCUUCACCAGAGGGCGAUAUAUCUCACGAAGCAGUGAUCCUACACAAGCUAAGAUUGUAACUAAAGAGUCUUGAUCACUGUAUUCACCUGAGCACCUUAACAGCAGACCGCCGGAGGCUUCUGCUGCUCAUUUUUACAUAAUCCGACACAAGACGAUAACCAGCAGAAACGUCCACCAAAAUGUGGGACAAGAUGCCAAAAAAUCAAGUUGUUGGCAGAUUGAAAGUUGCUGACAUGACUUCCUGAAAACAAAAAGAGAGAGCACCACAGCCAAUUUCUUAUUUUUUUUUUUUGCUAAAGACUCGUCCAUCCACGACUUUAUCCGUCUGUUUUUCUGCUUCUUAUCUCCGUCUCCGCUGCCGAUCCACAGAGGGGAACACAAGUGACAAAGAGAGAGUGAAAUAAUCUUUAAAAAAAAAAAAAAGAAGCACCUUUGGGCGAGUGCUCGACUGUCCAGUAGAGCCAAAGCCCUCUGCACCUUUGUGAGCACGCUCACUCUGUCACUCCCUGUCUGUGGUUUGGAUGCUGGUGUAAACAGCGAUACUUUACUUUUUUAUUUUAAAGGGGGACGGGAAUGGAGUUUCAAUGUGAGGGUUCUUUUUGUAAGUUCCUUAUUUUUGUUGUUUUGAUCUUUUUGUACUUUUAUUCCCUUUUUUAAUUUGUAUGUUUUAUCUUCUCUUUUUUUAAUGACAUUUGGUUGUUUACUGUAAAGACAAUGAUGAUGAUGAUGAUGAUGAUGAUGAUGAUGAUGUGCCCAUCGACCUGUCUCCCCCCCAGGUGGGAAGUGGGAGCAAAGACUGUGCAUACUCUCCUCUGCAUGGGGUUGAGGGAGGCGUUAAAGCGGGGAGAGUUUAGGUGGGUGACGGGUACCAGUGGAGGAUGGAGAUUGGAGAUGAUUCUGACAGGGUUCCUACACAGAUCCAGGCACUGAUGUGAAGGGGAUUCUGAUCCCUUUUUAAAAAAAACAAUCCAACAAAAAUCACCAUAACAGCAAGAACCCAGCAAGCAUUUGACAUUUAAAGGGAAAGUUUGGUGUUUUUGAAGUCAGGCUGUAUGAGGUACAUGUCACUAGUAGUGCACUGCAGGCUGAUGCACACCUGUGUGGUGUGUGGGAGGAGGACUAAAACAAAUUGGUUUGCUGAAUAAAGUUCAGCGCUGACAAUUGUCUAAAUAUAGUGUACACUUACAAUGUCAUUCAUUUUUAGGUGGCAUUUUCUUCAAGUUAGCGGUACAGAUAGCCUCUAGCGUUUCCUGUGACUAAUAAUCUUACUACUGACAGCUGCCUCACACUACUGUCCCUUUAAAAAAAGAGACCUUCAUUUUAAAAUCAAUGAAAAGCAGCCUGGAUGGACGACUUGAAUCUCCUUUCAGAUCUUGAUUUCGUCAAAACGCUUGUUGGGUUUGACUUGUGCUGUAAUAUUUACAGCAUUGAAUUACAAAAUAUAUGAGCAGGUUGUUGUUUGUUUAACACUUUUUAACACAUUUCGGAACCCUAUCAAACUGUUAAAGGAAACAUUCACCCUCCAACACUCAAUCUGGUGUCAUAAAUCACAAGUUUUGGUUCAAAGGGAACACAGAGCUGUAGUAUUUCUCACUCUCAACUGUAUCACCAAACUGUUCUGAACACUUUGGAUGCAAAUCCAGCAAAGACAAAAAAAUCCACAAAAAUAAAGUUUAAAACUGUCCUUGUAGCUCUGAUUUGGUCUCCACCAUCUCCCAAAAGAAAAUUGAUAGUUCUAAACCUUAACCAUCUAGUGCCAGACGUUGUCUUUUUGCUGUAUAGAGCACUGGAACUAAAGGUCAAAACAGUCAGAUUGCAUGGCUGUAAAAACAAAACAAUAAGCCCAAAUGUAAUGUGGAGCAGAAGGCAGUGCAGCAAGAAGACAAAGCAAAUGCAUUCUGUUAAAUCUAAAAAAACAAAAAGUGGCUUAUUGAAUGCAACAACUACACCAGAGUGAAAGCAAAGGGUGAAUUUUUCUUGAGUAGGAACCCUGCCGAGAGACUGAAGGAAUGUAAGAAGUGGUGUAAUUUAAGUGUGUAAAAAACUGGCUAAACUUGAGAACAGAGGAGCGAGGGAAGUGGAUCUUUGAAAUCAUAGGCUGGACCUCAUCAACCUCAAACGCCCUGACCUUUGCCCCCUUCUCCCUCAUCUCCUCUUUUUCCUGCUUUCCGCAGGUCUGUAGUCUUCUAUCCAGAGACAUUUAUUCCGCUUUUUCCUCAAAAUCCCCACACACCAGAGACAACUCAUACACUCACAAAUAGUAAAUAUACUGUAAAUGUAUAAAUGAAUACAAAACAGGCAAACCUCUGAGAUACAGAAACUCGCACGCAGGCACGCCUGCACACUCAGGACGUGUUGCAGGUCGUGUGUGUGCCUGGCUUCGUGUCACUGAUGCAGUUAAAAUAAAAAAGUACCAGUUUACCUCGGGAGCUCUCAGCCAUAGCAGACCUUAAUCCCCUCAGAUAUGUCAGCGCUGCGAGCAGCUUCUGAACUGCUGUGGCUGCCGUUACAAAGCAGGUACAUUUUUUUUGUUUGUUUUUCAGGAACAAACCGGGAAGCCUCAGCAGAGCAGUCUCGGACCAUUUUGAAUGCAUUCAACGCAGGGUUUUUACAGGAAACAGGACUCCAUGUCAACACAGUCUUACCUCAGCAUCAUGCUACAGAACAGGAAGGGGGCGGGGCUUACAUACCGUAUAUAUGAUCAUAGCAACCGAGAAUGACUAUUUUUUAUUCCCUCUCUUCCUUGUCUCUGGUGUAGUCGGGUGAAAAGUAACUCUGCAGAACUCUUUUCUUUUACUCGUUUUUUCCAGUAUAAAUAUAUAAAUAUAUAAACUGUACAUUAUGACAUAGAAGCACUAUCAAAGUUUGAUUGUUAGAUGUGCACUCGCAGCAUGAGGUAUUAUUCUUUAUUAUUCUUCAUAACCCAGAAAAAAAGUGACGUAAGAUAAGAAGAGCUUUUUGAGAAAAAAAAAGUCUAUAAAAAUGAACAAAAACAAAUAAUGCAGUAGCGUCUACUGAUGUCAAAGAAGAUACCGACCUCACCCGCCAAACACACACAAAAAAUUCAUACGCCCCCCCCACACCCCCAGAUCUUUACCUUAACCCUGCCAUGUGACACAGCCCUGCCCAUCCAACUGAUCGCCCUGACUCCGCCCCCUUCCCCGCCCCUGUGUACAUGCCAGUGUUUCCCCCAUGUGUUCCAAGUGCCAAUAACUUUGUGAAUUCCUAACUGUGACCCAGUAAUAAAGAUAAUUGCACAUUAACUACUGUAAAGAGAAAAAGAAACCAGACUGAUUCAAAGUGAGGAAAAAUCUGAAUAUCUGAAUUAAAAUGUUUUUAACAAACAGGUCUGA